AUUGAGGGAAGGGUAAAUACUGAGGGAGAGGGAGACGGGAUUGCGGGUGGGCAGAAGAAUGAGGUAAAUGUUGAGUGGUUGAUGUGGAGGGAAGGUGGGUGAAUUCUGAGGGAAAAGCCUCGGGUAAGGAUAAACUAUACUCUAUAUGGAGACAAAAGGGUGAUGAUUCGGGAAGAAAAACUUAAUAUAAAGGGAAAUGGAUAAAUACUGAGGGAAAAGGCAGUUGGUAUGUUCAGAGAUAAAUUACAAAGUAGGUGAAUAGUAAGAAAACUGAAAAGGGUAAACAGUGUAAAUAGGGGUGAGUGGGUGUUCGGCAGGGAUUGAAGGAUAACUGUUAAGGGAGCCAGAAUAAAGCAGGGGAGAAUAUAUUUGUGUGUAAAAGCACAAGCUGUGAAACCAAGGGGAUUUGGUGGUAUUGAAAACAAGAAGAUAAAUGUAUGUAUAGUAAAAGCACAGUUUGGGCAAAGUGGAGGAGGAACGAGGGAGAGACUGCAAGUCUGUGAGGGCUGGGGGGUUUAUUUAUUGGGAUUAGGGUAAUUCUGACAGGGCACCUACCGUUGUUUAUGGGUUGAAGUCAAGAUGCCUUGGCCAUUCUCUGAGUCGAUUAAGAAGCGGGCGUGCAGGUACCUGCUGCACCGAUACCUGGACCACUUCCUGGAGGAGAAGUUGAGCCUGGAGCAGCUGAGUGUGGACCUCUAUCAAGGAACGGGCUCUCUCACACAGGUUCCACUGGACAAAUCGUCCCUAAAUGAAAUCCUAGAUUCACUUGAUGCACCUUUGGAAAUAAUUGAAGGAUUUAUCCAAAACAUUUCAGUUUCCAUCCCUUGGUCUUCACUCUUGCAAGAGAACUGUGCGGUGGAGGUGCAGGGACUGGAGAUGGUCUUUCGACCAAGGCCUCGUGUAGUGUCGGGCUCGGAACCCAUGUACUGGUCCAGCUUUAUGACAGACAGUAUGCAGCUGGCCAAGGAAUGCCUCAGCCAGAGACUGACAGAUGAUCAAGCCGAAGGGCCACAGCCAUUCGAGGGACUUGAGAAGUUUGCAGAAACCAUUGAAACAGUUCUAAGAAGAGUCAAGCUUACAUUCCUAGACAGUGUUCUCAGGAUUGAGCAUGUUCCAGAGAAUUCGAAAACUGGGGUCGCACUGGAGAUUCGUAUCCAGAGGAUCGAAUAUUGUGAUGAAUCUGCAACUGAGUGUCCAGACAUCAGCAUUCAUCACCCCACAGCUUUUGCCCACAAGAACCUGCAGCUGAAUGGGAUCUCAUUAUUCUGGUUUGAGUUCCCUGAAAGUGCGAAAACCUCACCCAGGAUUUCUCCAAUGCAGGAAAUGGAACCAAAGCUUUCUCCAAGCUGGAACCCAAAGAUAGUUUCAGAACCUCACCCCCAGUUCACAAGGAAAGCAUCUGAUGCUGUUCACUUCGAUCCAGUCCAGAUUGGGAGCUGUGAAGGAAAGAUGGAACUGGAACUCACCCUAAAGCAGAAUGAAGCACUUCCAUUUGCCAAGCUGGAUGUGGAGGGGCAGAUCGAAUCUAUCAAAUUCUUCCUGUCUCCACGACAAGUCCACCUGCUCCUGGACAUGCUGGGCACCAUCCUACUGCCAGGAUGUACAGAGGCAGCAGCUCUCCAGUCGAAAAGCCGGAGGAAUCGGCCGAUGCAGCAGGAGGAUCAAUAUCUAAUUCAGAUGGAACUCAACAGAUACCUGCAGAAGGAGACGGUGUCCCCUGGUAUCUCAACAGAACAGAGCUAUUACGAGACUGAAACAGUUCGAACAACUUCAAGCCGUGCAGAAGAUGAAGUCUUCUUCUCGAUGGCAGACAUGGAAAUGUCAAAUAGUGUGACUUCCCUUCCACCUCUUGGAGAACCAACUGUAGAUAUGGAAUUAUCCUUGAGUAGUACACACGUCAACUCAACAGACAGCUCUCCGCAAAGUGCCGCAGGGUUUUCCGCAUCAUGGGAUGAUUACCUGGAUCGUUCUGGACCAGGAGGACAAGUAAUACGGGAGUCGCCAUUUAACUCCAAAGAGUUGCCGAUAAUACAGAGGCCCCUCCGACCAAGCAGUCUACCUUCCAAAUCGCACCCCAUUGAUGAAUCCAGGCCCGAGGUUGUUCUCCGGCUGGCGAUUGGCAGUCUCUCUGUGUCAGUGCUACACAUCGAUCCACUUCCGCCACCUGAGAGCCCGCUGCACCUUGAACCCCUGACAAGGAUGGCAUCCCAUUUCUUUGAGCAUUUGAAGAACCUCAAUUUCUCUCAGAUUCCAGCAAGAGAUUUCCACGUACUCCGAACCAUGUUUGCCACAGCCUGUCCCCAUGACCACCUACGGCUCUUUGCAACUGAUGUGAAGCUGAACUGUGAACAGCGACGGGGCACCAGCUCAAGGAGCCUAAAUACUGAUGUCUGCAUUAAUUGGAUGGAACUACUGGAAUGUCUGUUCCCUAUGGACUCACCAACUGUCAUACCCCAGUAUACAGAGCUGAUCACAUUUCAAUCUGUGGGCGAGACUGAAGCUCAUCCUGCACCUUCUGUACAGAUUCAUUACAAGCACAUUGACCGAAGAGGAGUCCAGGGCAGUCAAGGGAGGUUAACAUCAGUACCCCAAAAGGCAGAACUACAGGUUGAGCUCGGCCCCAUCCAGUCAGAAUUGGACAUCAGCAUUGUGGACAGGCUCAACUCAUUGUUGCAACCACAGAAGCUUGGAACAACGGAAAUGAUGGCAUCACACAUGUACACAUCCUUUAACAAACACAUUAGUCUGCAGAGAGCCUUUACUGAGGUUUUCCGGGACGAUUCUGGCUCACCUGCCAACUACCGAACGUCCGUGCAGCUCACCACACCCAUGUUCAAAAUGGCCAUCCGCUUCCCAAUCCCAGACCUUCGGUCUGACCAGGAAAGAGGGCCAUGGUUUAAGAAGUCACUUCAGAAGGAGAUUUUACACCUAGAAUUCAGCGAGAUGGAAUUUAAGACCGAGUUCUGCGGGAGUUUAUCCCACGAGCAGCUCAAACUUGAACUCACUUUUAAGGAACUCCUUGGUAAAUUUCAGGAAGAUCUGGGGACUCCAUCGUUCACCUUUUUUAGAGUUUCACACGGUGCUGAUGGAGACAUGUCCACCUCUGACAGUGGCAAGUUUGAUUGGCCAAGGGUUGUGUUAAAGGUGAAUCCGACAACCGUGCAUUCUAUCUUGGAGCGGAUAACGAGCGAGGAGGAGGAACCCGGAAGUCACUUACUGGAGGAUGAAGAGGGUGGAGGCCACUCACUAAAAGAUGUCUGUGAUUUGGGAAAGCACGAACCCUCGCCUUUCUCCUCUCGAAGAGUCAUGUAUGAAAAUGAGGAGAUGGUGAUGCCAGGGGAUCAGCUCGAAAUGGGUCAGUUCCAGGAUAAAACCAUAAGCACCUCCCACUACGUACUGGAACUUAUGUUACCAAAUGUCAACCUCGCACUGCCAAACAAGGCAUUCUACGAGAAGGUGUACAACAGAAUAAAUAAUGAUUUAUUGUUGUGGGAGCCCGCUGCACCAUCUCCCGUUGAGACGGUUGAAAAUAUUACCUAUGGAGUUGGAUUGUCUGUGGCCAGCCAGCUGAUCAAUGCAUUCAGCAAAGAAAGUCUCACUCAGCUCAAGUCUGCCCUCCUCCAGGAUGAUGACGAGAGCGGAUCCGAUGAAGAGUCUCUGCAGGUUCAGUCCACCACUGAUCCGGUGCACAGGUCACGGCGCAAAAAGAAAGUUGAACAGCUGAGCAAGAAUUGUCAAAGCCUCCUAUCAAUCCUCCUCAAUGUGUCUCAUGGAUUGGUGACAGUACAUACGGAUACCAAGAGUGAAGAUGGAACACUGUUAGCUGGAAAACAUGGUGAAUUCUGGUUGGAGAUUGAAAAUGGAAGCUUGUUCACAGUGGGGAAGUAUCAGGGCUGUGAUGACCAACAUUAUUUCUGUCUCCAGGCCAACAAAGUUUUCCUUUGCCACCAAGGCAUGGUGGAGGAUGUGUGUGCCCCUGGUGAUGUGAAGCUCCCUAGCAAGGCUUGGCCUGUAUGGCUCGAACCCACCAUCUAUCAGUCUGAGGAGGGUGUAUGGAUCAAGCAGGCUGCUACUUCAGUGGGAAGUGGUACAGAGAGUCCAAACAUGUUGUCCGUCGCGGUAAAAGUUCACCACAACAAGAACGAGAGCAACAUGAAGGAGAUCCUCGUGGCUAUUGGUCUGCGUGGAGCCACUCUUCAGCACCGCAAUGUGCUACCAGGGCGAAGCUGGCAUGAGCAGAUCCUGGAUUUCCUGAAUAUUGCUGAGGAGCCUGUUUUGGGCUACGCUCGUCCAGCAAAUGCAACCACAUUCCACCUACACCUCUGGAGCUGUGCCCUUGACUACAGGCCGCUGUAUUUACCAGUUCGAGCAGUAGUGACUGUUGAAACCUUCACGAUAUCCAGUAACAUUGUCCUGGACAAGUACUGCUCGACACUCAGAAUUAUUAUUGACGAUGCUGCAUUGUACUUGUCUGAGAAGUGUCAGAAUGCGCUGGUGAAUUUAAAGAAAGAUUAUGUGCGAGUCCUGGACAUGGGGUUGCUGGAAUUCCGCAUAACUGCAUCAAAGCCAACAGUGGAGGGAGAGCGGUUACAGCCUCGGUUUGAGCUGCGCUGUUCCAGCGACGUCAUCCAUGUCCGAACAUGUUCUGACUCUUGCGCUGCCCUCAUGAACCUUAUCCAGUAUGUGGCAAGCUAUGGAGACCUGCAUCCACCCUGUAAAUUCCAAGGAACUCCUGGAGCAGCAGUGCACAGGAGCCGGGCUGGAUCUGGUGACAGCACUCCCUGCAGAACAUCAGGCCUUCCUGAGGCUGAGCAGAAGAUCCUGCGGGAUCUAAUGAUCGAUGCAAUGGAGGAGAUGGAUGUCCUACCAUCAUCGCCGCCUCCCCCUCCUGCUGUGCAGCAGUCAAAUGGAUUCUACAGAGACCUCAUUCGGGAACGAGAGCCUGCACAGUCUGAUCUUUUCCUCUUCCCUGAUGAGAGUGGAGGCUCUUCACAGGAACAGAGCCCAAGUUCCACCAUGGUCCUUUCUGAGCAUCAUGCAGCCUACACCUCUCUACCCAGCGAGCAGCCUGAGAGUGAGGACUUCUGCAUCCUAGAGGCACCAAAGCUGGCAGUCAUGCAGAGAGAGACUGAGCCUGUAGUGAAGAUGCUGAUCCCUGGACCCAUUCUCAUCAAAGACGAACAUUUCACAUUGCCAGUCAAGAAGGUGGACAAAAGCAAAGCACCACUGCACCUCCCGAUCCCAGAGGUCCGAUAUGUGGUAAAGGAGAUCUCAGUUGUAUGGCAUCUGUAUGGAGGAAGGGACUUUGGAACAGCUGUCACAACACGCUCCCCUGUUAAAAGCAUACCCACUAGAACUGGUUCAAGCUCUUCCCAAAGCUCCCCAUCUCAGCCUUCUGCGCGACACGGCCGUUCGACCAGACGCAUUCAGGGCGGACCCGGGAGGAACCACGACGUCCUGAUGGAGAUUCAGUUCAGUAAGGUGAAAUUUCAGCAUGAAGUUUAUCCUCAGACAGGCUACAGUGUGGAUCCAGGUUCAGCAGAACAUCCCAUCUCACGGCAGGUCUUCAUAGUCCAGGACCUCGAGAUCCGAGACCGCCUCGCAACAUCACAGAUGAACAAGUUCCUCUACUUGUACUCCAGCAAAGAGCUACCAAGGAAGGCUCAUUCAAACAUGCUGACCAUUAAGGCUUUGCACGUGAGUCCAGAUUCCACUCGGAUGCCUCAGGAGUGUUGUCUGCGCAUUACGCUGAUGCCCCUUCGACUAAACAUUGAUCAGGAUGCCCUAUUUUUCUUAAAGGACUUUUUCAGCAGCCUGGCUGCAGAGGUGGAGCUGUUGGUUCCUCCAGAUCCUGUGCAGGAGGUGAGAAAAUCUCCCGGGUCAGACGCCGCCAGCCUUUCCAAAAACGGAACCGGUGCUGCAGAUCACGGCCCCAUAAUUACUCUUCCAGGUCAGAGCAAACUCAGACCAGACCCUUCGACUGCUGAGGCCAGGAUCCCGAUCAGCGAGCCGGAAGGUACCUCUCCAGCGGCAUUCGGAGACCAGCCAGUCUUCUUCAGGGAAUUUCGCUUCACAUCCGAGGUGCCGAUUCGGUUGGACUACCAUGGCAAGCAUGUGUCCAUGGAUCAAGGCACCUUGGCAGGAAUCCUAAUUGGACUGGCUCAGCUGAACUGCUCUGAGUUGAAGUUGAAAAGGUUGUGUUACAGACACGGGUUGUUGGGAGUGGACAGACUUGUCUCCUAUGCACUUAAUGAAUGGCUGACUGACAUCAGAAAAAAUCAGCUGCCUGGUAUCCUUGGAGGUGUUGGACCCAUGCACUCGUUGGUCCAGUUGGUUCAGGGGCUGAAGGAUCUGGUCUGGCUGCCCAUUGAGCAGUACCGUAGGGACGGGCGCAUUGUGAGAGGUCUCCAGCGAGGAGCAGCCUCCUUUGGGACCUCCACCGCCAUGGCUGCACUCGAGCUGACGAAUCGACUGGUGCAAACUAUACAGGCAGCAGCCGAGACAGCCUACGACAUGGUUUCUCCGGGAGGCAAUUCACAUGGUUUGAUGAGGACCAAACGCAUCUCUCAGCAUCGCUUGGCUCAUCAGCCGGUCGAUCUACGCGAAGGAGUGGCUAAAGCAUAUGACCUAGUGAAAGAGGGAUUCACGGACACGGCGCAUAUGAUCUACGAGACGGCAACACGGGAGCACGAGCAGCGGGGGAUGACGGGGGCUGUGGGAGGAGUGCUACGGCAAAUCCCUCCGGCUGUGGUGAAGCCAUUGAUUGUAGCAACUGAGGCCACCUCCAACGUCCUUGGUGGGAUGCGAAACCAGACACCAGACGCACGGCAGGAAGAGUCCCAGAAAUGGCGGCUUGGUGACCAUAACGGUGCUGGAUGCUUCCCUGAAACUUUAACCACAUGGGGAAAGGGAAGCUGGUGAUCCUUGGUCCCAGAGCUGAAAAAUCCGCUGGGUGUCACUGCACAUUACACUUUGCUGCCUGUAUAUUUUGGUCUCAUUCAGAUCCAUGAAAAACAAAAACUUGAUGUCAAUAGGAGAGUUUAUAGCGCUUAAGUAACUUGAUAGAUCUGGUGACUGCAUAGAAGAAAUUCUCUGGUUUAUUUACAAAGCGGCCUUGGAGAAUUAUUGUUUUAAAAAGCAGAGCGGUAACUGGAAUGCAUCUUGCUGUCUGAGCUGAUCUGUGGGGUCGGGAUCAUUAGCAGUUUGGUAACCGAUGGAUUGUAAACCCACGAACUGCGAGGGACGCCUUGUGUUGCCUGGAAGCAAAGAUUCUAAUUAUCCUUCCCUCUUAUCUUAGUCCGGGUGUUCUUCGUGGACACGCUCCCUGAGCCUGCAACCUGCUUCAACGGUUAUAGCUACAGUCAUUAACGACUCACGCAGACUUUCCUUCCUGAGGAUUUCAUUGCCCAGACUCUGGCAGCAAUAGGUUUUAGAUUAAAUUGAAGGUGCCUACGAAGUUCCUGGUUACUGUUUCUUCUCUUAAGGUUUUCACGUUCAGAUUUGGUAAUUGGCAUUGAGUGUCCUGGGUGUCCAGUGCUGACACACUGCAGUGCUUUGAAAAUGUUGUGGAGCACAAGGUGUACAACUUGAGCAGUUAUGGUAUUGCUUGAAGCCUAGGAAUGUUACUUGAACGUGACUCAGAAGGGAAUGAUUUGGUGCACGUAAGAAAAUGAAAAACAUGUGUUUAUUUUCAGGGUACAAGAACAAAGGGACAGACAGCAGUCCAGUACCUGCUGAUGCCAAAACAUUUUGGUUCUCUGUGAAGUGCCAAUUUUACGACCCCUACCACAAGAAUCCCUUAAUGAGGUGUGUAACCUCUUCAACACCCUCUAAGGGUUCUCCAACACCCUCUUCCCACCCCUCUCCACAACACGGCAGUGUACUGACUCGUAUCUGCUCUGUGCUAUCAGUUUUUCUCCUGCUCAAUUCUGAUCCACUGCUCAGUGUUCCGGAAAAUGUUCUCCCAGUAUUUUACAUUUU